AGGAUGUUCUGGUGAUAACAUUGGGAUUGUGGAUUCUACACCUUGUGUCUGUGAUUUAUACAUACCAACUAUAAUUCAACAACUAUUGUAUUUGGUUUGAUCGUGAUAUAAACCAAAUAGCGACGAAGUUGAUUGAGCCCAUUAUGGUUGACUCAGGAGUGGAAAACUGGCUGGAGGGGUAUUUAUUUAAUCAGAUGAAACAAGAACCCGGAGAAGGACUUAGUUUAUUCAUGUCCAGAAUCCAGGCAGAAGCAAACUUGUGUGAUUUUGGUACUAUUUAUGAUCAAAUGGUCAAGGAUUGUUUUCUUUGCGGACUAAAGGAUCCAAAGAUUCAAUCACAUUUGUUAAGUCUAACUGGCAUGGACACAGCAGCUAAGGUUUUGGCAUCUGCUAUGGAAAAGGAAAAUGCUCAAUCAGUAAACACAGACAUGUCGGGAGAAUCUGCACACUUAGUUAGCAAAAAUAAUUCCAGCGGAAGUCCAGAGAAAUCGAAAUUUUUGCAGGAACAAAACAAAAAAUCCAACGGCAACAGGGAAAAUAUUGACAAUUAUGAGGAGACGGAGACAUCAGCCGUUGAUUCGGAACACAAUUGCACGUUGAAUGUGGAUGUUGUACCCAAAAGUGACGAGGAUCUGAUGGAAUAUUUUCGUGCUCGCCCCAAUCUGUCCUAUUUUAACAACUCAUCGAAGUUAGAUUCUGUUUGUGUAAGCCGUCCUGCCAAAAUUUCUCACAAUCACCGGGAGAGCUCUGUUACUGCUGUUUCUGUUAAAAUCUCUCGCAAGGAAAGUUAUUUAUGCCCGACCGAAUUCUUGACACAGUUGACCAAGAAAGAAGACCAGGAACUAGCUCUUCAGGAGGUUCUGCAUUACCUCACCCAGGGUCUAGCUUAUCUUCUGCUUAUCCUGAUUAUCUGCAGCUUUGGGUUCGUCACCGGGUUAGAGUACCUAUCGUAUCCUCUCCUGAUGAGAAAGUUGACCUGUACAGAAGAAUGGGGAACCAUAUACCAAAGUGUUUUACCGUCAGCCAAUUUACUGGCAAACAUGAUCGGAUCUAUCGUUGGUGGCAUUGCUAUUGAUAAGAUUGGAAGGAGACCAGUAUUUAUUGUUUCUGCGCUACUUGCCAUUGUCGCAGAGUUGGUGAGCAUGAUCUCGAUGGAUACGACCCUGUUCAGAGUGGCACGCGGUCUCUCCUCCCUGAUAAUGGGUGUCCUGUACAUCACCACCCUGCUCUACACGAUAGAGACAUGUCCAGCUGAACACAGACUCUACCCCUAUUUCUUCCACUGUCUUGCUCAAAACGCUGCCACCACCAUUGUCCCCCUCAUCAUAAGUAAUUCUCCGGUUGAUGGGACUACUAACAUUUGGCCUGCUGUCUCCAACAGUGUGGUGGUUCUGUUGGCUCUGGGAGUCAUCGUGGGGAUCCUCUACCCAGAGCCCUCCCAGAGCAACAAGAUCCGAGCCAACACCGGUUCAAAGUUCCAAAACAGGUUCAGUGUCAUAAAACUGGAGAAUGAUGACGAGAUUCACGCGGAGCCUGAAUUCGCAAUGUACACUGACAUGUUUUAUAAGGGCGGCAAGGUUGUGGGGUGUCUUCUCAUACUCCUAUUUUUUAUCGGAGGUUUAACUUCCACAUCAUUGUAUCUCUCAUUUCCCAUCAUCUAUAACUCAAACGGGGUGUGCACUGCGAAUGAACAAUAUCCAAAGCCGUGCAUGGAGGAGACUGCGAGUUAUGCGACUCACGUGACGAGUAUCGACGAGCUGGUAACAGUAUUUGGGUGUUCCAUCUUAGGAUCAGUGCUAGCGUACAUAGCAGUACAGAGAUACGGGAGGAAGAACAGUUACCGGGCCCCCGCAGCUUUUAGAGUGGUCGUUAUUGUCAGUAUGGUGUUAUGUGGCAGUCACCGUCUCAUGCUAUCCCAGGUUGGUCUCCUCGUCCUGUUCACCAACACCAUGGACUUCACGCUAGAUCUGUACUGCUUAGAGCUGUUUGCUGCUAGAAGCAGAGCCACUUCCUUUGGGUUACUCAGGGGACUCAAGUUCUUUGGAACUGCCAUUGCGUUCUUCAUCAAUCCUUUUGUUUUAUCUUAUGUGCCUCCAGACCUUUUGUGGUCAAUAUAUACUGUGGUAGGAGCUAUUUUAUUCGGGUGCUCGUUAGGCCUUAGGCAACAAACUUAUGUUAUGGCAAGUAAUAUUGAAGAAUCUACAAUAGACGUUGGAUUGUGAGUUGGUUUUGUAUUUUAUCGUAUAAAACAUUUCAGCAUUAG